AGCCCAGGGUAUCGCCAUUUCCACGACCGCAUAGCAGCUUAGUCAGCCAAACACCAAGCCAUCUUUCGGAUCCCCCAAUUCCCAAUCCCACCCGUGGUGGCUGAGGAGAGACAACCAUGGCCGCCACCUCUAAGCUCCUUCCCCACGAACGUCCGCUCCUCCCUCCCACCACCAUCUGCUCCUCCCUCCCAGUCUCCUAGGCGUCCAGCGUCCUAGCCACGGACAUGAACUGCUCCUCCUCUCAGCCAGCAUCAAUGCGGAUCCCCGCCGCCGAGGGUUUACUUCUGAAGCGUUCCACACCAUCGUCGCUACCACGCUCGCCGCCGGUCCCCAACGGAUCCGGCUCGUGUAGGCACGGCACGCCGGCGGACCGCCGCGCGUCGUGCCAUGUGUCGCCUCAUCGUGCUUCAAUGGCUCGGCUCGGUGUGGCCCGUCACUCUAGGGCCCGUGCCAGCCCGGCACGGCCUAGUUCCUACCGCCAGACGCGUGGCCGGAGGACCCGGCCCAGCCCAAGUUACAGGAAACACCAAGUAAGCAAGAAGAGGCGAGAGAAAGCAAGAACAGAGGAGCAAUGGUGAUCCUUGUCCCUUUAGAUGAUUCUGGGUGCUUACCUGAGUCAGAGAUCAUCAGACGGGAUGAACCGAGCAAGAAGGUUGUCGAGGCACGCGACCAUGACUCGCGAGGUGCGCCAGCCAACCAAGAAACCAAGAAUCGAAGAGCCAUGGAAACCCUUGUCCAUGUAGAAGACUCUGGCUCCUCCUCUGAGCCAGACAUUGUGAGGCGAGAUGACCGGAGCAAGGAGCCCCACGAGGCACUGGAUCAAGAAUCACGAGCUGGUCACGGUGAUUGCAACAGCACAAGGAAGAGGAAGGCCAUUAGCACUUCCAUCCCCGUCCCUCUACAGCAAUCUGGCGGCUUUCCCGAGCCUGAGGUUGGACGCGAUUGCCGGAACAAGGAGUCCCACCAGGCACUGGAUCAAGAAUCGCGAGCCGUUCAUGGUGAUUGCAAGAGGAAAGCCAUUAGCGCUUCAGAUUAUGCCAAGAAAGCUAGAAAGCAUUCCGCCAUUAGCACGCUGAAGAAGAUACAGCUACGAGAAAUUGGAUUCUCAGCAUCUUUCAGCAGAGAGAAGUUCAAGGGAAUGAAGAAAGAGAUCUCAGUGGACUUGUACAUGCGCAAAAACAGAGAAGCUCUUGAAGAAUUUGAACCGUUCAUGAGAAAUAGGUCUGCGAUUGUCAAAAUGAUUCCAAUACAGGAUAUUCUUGUUCUUCUAUCCUCAACAGGUGUAUGUUGCACUGUCAGCCGAGUGACAAAUCGCAUCAUUGCAUUUGUUACUAAAACUGGGGAAUUGACCGAGGACAUAUUUUACAACAAAAAGAACAAUUCUCUCAUCGUUUCCUCAUCAACUAGAAGUGAUAGUUACACAGCUAAAGAAUACAUGUCCAUCCCCAUUGGAUCGCUUAGAACACGUGAUCACACUGGAUCUCGUGUUUUUUCUUCACAGCAGAUUAAGUGGCUCCUUGGCUUUGAUGCGACAAAUGGAAUAGCUUUGAUGAGAGAUAGCAACAACCACACAGUAUUUGAUUUGGAAACCUACUCCCUGAUGUAUAAGAUACCUGAGACAGACAUCGUUGAUAUAUUAUGCGGGUCACAGGCCUUGCUUGUUAUGAAAGAAAAGAGAAAACAUCUUCUCUCUUUAGGGAUCAAGCAGAUAGAUUCAGGUCAUGAUAUCAGUUUUAUUUAUCAUCCAAUGGAAGGAAAGCUCGAGCUCUUGGAGAUAUUUCAUGAGAAGAUUCUCAUUAAAGAGAGAUCCAAAGGGCUUCUGAUAAUAGAUGCGAAAAAACAAGAUAAAAAGGAAGUCCCCAUUGGGCUUUUCGAGUAUCACCCGUUGUAUGGCAGGAACUGCUUCCUGACAUUUCAGAAGGACUCGAGCCAACUCAGAACCUUGAAUGGCAGCGUUGUCAAAGAGCUAGAUAGCACACUAUGGAAAUCGCGGACCAAUGAGCAUAUGAUUUGCAGCUCUUCAGAUGAUGACACAGUCAUCUAUCUUGCAGAAUCAAAAGCUUCAGAAUUUGGAUCAGUAAACAUCUGCAGCCUCGGCAGAGAGGUGUUUGUCGCCACGUUUGAUCCAGAAGUGGAAGCAAGUUGUUUAUCCUAUAACGAAGACUUGAAUGAGAUCUACGUUGGCACAAGAGGAGGCAGAGUAUACGUUUACUCAGUGUGAGCUAGCCUCCAGAUUGCUGAGCUUUUAUAGGAGUUUUGUGUGGUUGGAACCUUGUAUGGUGACUGUUACCAUCAGCCUCAUUCUGGCUCGAUUCAUUUUACUCUCUGGUUGCAAACUUUGUACAGUAACUGUUUCCAUCCUAUACAAACUUGUGUACUUAAGAUCGA